CGCAGCGCGCCUCCGUGAAAAUUCAGCAUUCGCGGGCGCUGUCACGCACGCGCGCGCCCCCAGGAAGGCGCAGGCAACGCGCGCGACUCGGACGAUGCGGCCUUCGGUCGCCGUCGCGCUGGCGCUGGCCGCGGGGGCCCACGGAGUGGCCGUGGAGUCAGAGCACCCUGCUCAUGUUUUUGGGAAAGGCGGCGCCGGCGUCUACCGCGGCCCGCCGUCGGCCACCGGCAACGCGCCGCCGCCGCCGCGCCUCGGCAAGGACGGCGCGGGCGUGCUCAAGGGCCCGGAGACGGUCCCGCGCCUCGGCAAGGACGGAAGCGGGAUCUACAAGGACCUCGACGCCAGGACCAUUGCAGCGAAGUUCGCCUGGUACGUGGAACAAUUCGAGAAGACCUACGACAUCGAGGAGUACGCCGAGCGGCUCAAGGCCUUCUCUGUAACAUUACGGGAGAUCCAGCACCACGACGAGGCCCAUAAAGUGGGGCUGAACCGCUUCUCCGACUGGACCAGUGACGAAUUCGAGGCCUAUCAAAAGUACAAGCCCUCUCCCAAAAGACACGCGCCGCUCGUCCACAAGACGACGGGCAAGCCGCUACCGACGGAAGUCGACUGGCGCAAGGAAGGUCUAGUAGCCGACGUCAAAGAUCAAGGUUCGUGCGGGUCGUGCUGGACCUUCAGCACCGUGGCGUCCAUCGAGGGCGCCCAUGCCAAGAAGCACGGCAAGAUGGUCACGCUGUCGGAGCAGAACCUUGUUGAUUGUGUGAAGAAGGAUAGACUACCUUCCGACGCGGAGGACUGCUGUGCGGCCCGUGUGGAAAUUUCACGUCGUCCUCCACGCUAUCGACGCGACGCCUGCUCGAUGGCGUCAUCGCCGAGUGCACCCGACACUGGUUGAUUUCCACGCAGGCGAUGGGUGUGAUGGGGGGCUCAUGGACAACGCCUUCGACUACAUCAUCAACAAGCAGAAGGGCGGCAUCGAUACGGAGGCGGCGUACCCGUACCGCGGCGAGGACGAGCGGUGCGCCUUCGAGUCGAGUGACGACGGCGCGAAAAUCUCGAACUGGACCGACGUUCCCAGUGGCGACGAGGACGCGCUCAUGGACGCGCUGGCCACGGUCGGCCCCGUGUCGGUCGCUCUGGACGCGUCGCGCCAGUGGCAGACGUACGCCGGUGGUGUACUCACGCCGCGGAAGUGGCUCGGCGGCUGCUCGUCGGACCCGGCCAAAGCGGACCACGGCGUCGCGGUCGUCGGCUACGGCACGGAUUCUACGAGCGGCGACUACUGGAUCGUGCGCAACUCCUGGGGGUCCGCGUGGGGCGAGGACGGCUAUGUACGGCUCAAGCGGGGCGUGAACGCAUGCGGCGUGGCGAACUUCGCGUCGUACCCGACGGCGAAGUAGUUUAUCUCCUGUGACGUGUCUAUAAGCAUCAUCUUCCCUCGUA